AAAAAAAAAACAAACAAGACUAUAAAAAUAUUAUUCAUAAAAAAUAUAUAUUAUUUAUACAAAAAAUAAAAUUUUGUAAUAUAAAUGGAGCAAAGGAUUUGUCCCAUCUGUUUAAGCAAUGACAGAGAAUUGCAACAACCUACAAAAGCAUUAUGUAUUACAUUAAAAAUGUUAACUCCAGGUUUGGACAUACAAAGACUAUGUUGGGAGUGUAUGGCUCGUUUAAAACAUGCAAACGUAUUAAUGUUCAAUGCAGUAGAAGCUAAACAUAAUUUGGAUGAAUAUACUAAGGGACCUAACUACAGUAAUGUAGGAUUUAAAUCAAAUUUAAACUUUUCAAAUAUAUUGACAUUUUGUCUACCUGGUGAAAGCUUACAAAUAUGUGACAUACAUACAAAUAUUGUAUCAAAAUCCAAAUUUACAAACUCUAUAACACAUAUAAAGAAAGUACAACAUUCAAGAUUGAAUGCUAUUAAAAUGUCAGAUAAUUGUGUAAAAUUUUUAGAGAACAAUAACAUAAGAGAAAAGAGAAAUAUUACAGAGAUAGAAUUAGUGAAAGAUAAAAAAAGAAAUGUGAUGCCUAAAAAGAUAACGUGUAAACGAAGAAAUAGGUUAAGGAUGGCCAAAAAUGAAUAUAAAUGCAAGGAAUGUAGUAAAAUUUUUGAAAGCCGAGGUAAAUAUGAGUAUCACAGACAGAAGCACCGCGGCGGGGCGCAGUGUCCAACAUGCUCGUGCGUGCUCGCGAGCAACGCAGCGCUCGUCGCGCAUCGCCGGGCGAAGCAUGCACGGUUACCACAGCGCGAGGAUGCCAAUUUUUAUUGUCAACCGUGCGGGAAAUUUUUCAAAACAAGCUGCAGUUAUAGGAAACACCAGCGCACAGCUAACAAACAUCUCGACGUUAGCACGUUGAAGUACCCAUGUCCUAACUGCGACAAGCGUUUCACGAGCACCUUAAAAGCGAAGCUCCACAACGAGACAGUACAUCUACGUAUGAAUUUGUUCAUGUGUGAAGUUUGCAACAAGCGGUACUGCAGCGAGCGAGCACUGAGCGGACACAAACGACGCAAGCAUUCGACCGACACGCGCACUAGAUGUUUCAUUUGUGAGACCUGCGGGAGUAGACUCAAGACGUACCAAAUACUGAAGCGCCAUCUACAGACACAUCUCAAAGAGCAAGACAAAAGUAAAGGACUAAAUAAAAUAUGAUGUCGAAA